AUGUCGAACACCAAUCCCAAUGCCUUGCCGUUGGACGAAGCUCGAGCUUUCAAUCCGGUGUUUGUCGUCUACUUUCUCAUCUGUACCGGCUUGAGCAUCUUCUUCCUCCUCUACUUUAACAGGGUCUUCGCUUGGCUGGCGGCCUACGGAAUUCGAACCUGGACAUGGCACCGAUAUCGUAUAUACAUCGACUUCCAAGCCCUUCAAAUAUCUUUCCUUGGAGGUCGAGUAUUCUUCACAGGUCUAAGAUAUCACGGAAACAAUGAGACGUUCCAUGUCCAGAACGGCCACAUCACCUGGAAUUACUGGUUACGUCGAGUCCGCGAUGUUGAUAUCAGCACGAAAUCUACGAGUCCCCACGAGGCUGACGAGAAGCGCCAAAACUCAAGCCUGCCAUGCCGAGUCAACGUGUCCUUGAACGGGUUAGAGUGGUUCGUCUACAAUAGAAGCCCCGUUUAUGACGGGAUACUCAAAAACCUGUCCGAUGACAAGCCACCUACCGACUUGGGCACUGAGGAUUCGGCGGAGGAGAAGACCGGGAAAGUUGGUCAAUCGGGUACUGAGGGUGCCUCCAUACCACAGUAUGGAAUUCUGUCCAGCCCGGACAACGUUCAGGCUUGUGAGGAACCUGGUGACUGCGAUGAUAGUGUCUCUUCAGAAAGCUCCGACCUGCCCUUCUUGAUACAGCUUUUUCCCAUUCAUGUUGAAUGCCGAACGGCCGCCCUCGUAAUGGGUAAUGAGAAUACGAAAGCCGUGCUCGUUAUCAAGACUGGAGAGGCAUCUGGCGACAUCGACGCCGCCGAGUCAGGCUCUGUGGACCUGUACCGCCAGCUCUUCAAGUUCAAUUUCCGCCAUCCCGUUGUCGAGAUGAGACCGAAUGAAGACUAUACGGAGGACCAAGAGUCGCGCGCCACGCGAGGGAAGCGCCCCGUGCAGAAUAUCCCGCCAAUUAAAAAGAGAGCGUUUCUCCUCCGAACCGGACGACGGCUUACAAAACGUCUGAGGAAUAUGGUGCCUUUUUGGCGAAAGUCGGUAGAGUCUCUAUCUCCGAUACGUAAUGAAGGACCGUUGCCGACUCGCCCUCCAGGCACGGAUGGUUGGCAAGGGCUGUCAAGGUACCUGAACGAUGAUAUGGAGGAUAAAGCGCGGUGGGCAUCCGUCGAGUAUGCCGCGAAUACCACCAUCAUCGAUAGUCCCUCGGCGACCGUUGCCCUAUUUUGGGAUGUGCCGGCGAAAAUUACCCAAGCAGCUGAUCAGUCCGUCGAAAACAUCAAUGGCGACGACACUCCUCCAGCAUGGGGUAUUCAUCUAUCUAUACAGGGGGGCACGGUAAACUACGGGCCUUGGGCGGACCGUCAACGAGCUGAACUCCAACGGUUUUUCUUCCCUGCCGCUUGCAAAGACGCUAUCCCGGCACAGCGGUUGAAGGUCGGGGACUAUCGAGUGGCUACCAAGUUCACUUUAUUUGUUGAGCUCGAUAAGGAGGUAACGAUCCGAGUCCCAACCAAAGAGCCUUCGAAGAACUGGCGAUUCAAGAGUACCGUGCUUCCAACCCAGCAGAACCAGCCAACUCAAAAGCGAAAGGAACGGAACCGGGAGAAGAAGCUGAACACUAACGACCCCUCACGAAUUCGACCUGCUGGAUGGCUUGACUUGAGAGUUUCCGCAAAUGCUACUAUAUCUUUUGCAAUGGACAUGUUUGCUGGUUCAGCCGGGUAUUCAACUACUGUUGAUCUCGACUUGCCGGAAACGGAACUCUCUAGCAGUGUCAAUCAUGAAUUGCUCUGGAGGUCCGGGCCCCAGCGAAUCUCAUGCGACUUAUCUUCACCUCUGAAGUGGAAUACUCUUCGAACUUGGCGUUUCGACAUCUCCAGCGAUAAUCUUGAUCUUUUCCUCUUGAGAGAGCAUGUGUUUCUUCUCAUUGAUCUCGUGGAUGACUGGACGACAGGGCCGCCACCGGAUUAUCUUGUCUUCACCCCCUUCAAAUACAAUAUCAACCUCGAUUUCAACAAUGUGAAAGUCUUCUUCAAUGUCAAUGAUGCAAACGUCAUCAACAACCCUACCUCGUUGGACGAAAACACCUACCUCAUCCUCUCCAGCAAACUUCUUUCCGCCUCCGUCUCUAUUCCAAUCGAUACUUUCCGACCUCCGAAGAAUGCCAUCCCUUUCGAGAUCAAGGCGGACGCUCUUGAAGCGUCACUUCACCUACCGCUUUCUAAUACACAGGCGACUUUCCUACGCUCUAAAACAAUAGGCCGGGCUGAGAAUGCUGUUAUAAGCGGCGAGUACCAUUACAAUGCAACAACAUCGCCAGCCAACACAGACACGCUCAUUGCGAAUAUUUCGGGGCAGUCCCCAACUGUGACUGCCUACGGCUUCCUCGUCAGAUAUCUCUUGUCUCUUAAAGACAAUUACUUUGGGGACCAUGUCCACUUUCGGACGUUAGAGGAGUAUCAGAAAUCCUUACGCCAAGAGCCAGAUUCGGCGGCCGCUCAGAAUAGCCAUCCCCCUCAUCAGAUAUCCAAUGACCUGGACGUUAUUCUUAACCUCCGGGUCGAUGAUCCCCGACUUCUCGUUCCCGCCAAUAUCUAUGAUGCAUCCAACAACAUCCAGAUCGAGACCGCGUCUCUUGGUAUCGAUCUUCGAUUUACCAAUUACUAUAUGGAUCUGGAAUUUUCAGUUAGCCCUUUAAAUUUGUCACUGGGCGUGGGAGAACUAGGCGACGACGGUUCGCCAACUGAGGCCGUGUCAUCGACACAGCUAUUCAUUGACGGGAUUCGUGUAUACGGGAACCGUCUCUUUGGUCUCCCGCCUACUGAACCCACAUACCUAUGCAAUUGGGACUUGUCGGUUGGCUCUAUCACCGGGGAGUGCACCGCCGAAUUUCUCACCUCGCUGGCGCGAGGAGGGAAGGCAUUUCUUUUCGGUUUUGAUGACGAAGAAAAUGCUCUUGUGCCGUACUCAUCUCUCAUCUUCUACGAUGUCACUUUCCUUCGAGUGAUGGUCGAAUCCGUAAAAGUAUGGCUGCAUGUUGAUGAAGCGGCUUUUUUAUUUUCGACAGAGUCUAUCAGUGUUAGCUUCAAUGACUGGGCUCGGACUCAUUAUUCAAAGCGGGGGAAUGUAAACAUCCCCAAUGUUCAGCUCGCUUGUUUUGACUCAGAAACGGCCGCUCGACACAAGUCGAGGCACCGCCAUGAUAUCACCCCGGAAGCACUUCUUCACACCAGUGUUCAUGUUGCGUUAAUUGGACGGAAGUUUGAGUUCUCUCAGGAGCGAAAGCUACAGCAAGAGCUGGUCCGAAGAGAGGAUCAGCGCACACAUAGGACCCAGUUCCUUCUGCUUCCGGGAUUGCCGUUAGAUGAGUUUAACCCAACCCGAAUCGACCCUCCGGCUCAGGUUGUUCCGCCAAUGCCCGAGCCCAUCUCGGAAACACUUCCUCAAGAUGACGGGAAAUCCGAAACUACCACAGGAACGCUGUCUAUGCCGAUGCCGUCCAUCCGAAGGCAAAGCUCGUUUCUGAGCUUAUCCAGCGCAAGCCAAAAGAGCGUAGUCCGUACUGACCCGUCAAGAUCUCGCAGCCGUGGUAAGGCCUCCUUUGUUCGAGCUAGACCAGAGCGCUCAGCCAUGCAUCUGAGAGAGUUCUCAACCUCAUCUGAGCGCCACUCGGCUUUUUACAGCGCAUCGGGCGAGAAUAUCUACGGUGACUCCGUCCGGCCAUCCGUCGUCACAUUCUCGAGCCAGUAUUACCCGCCUCAUUUUCCUCUUGAAAAUCUCCAGCCAGACACUAGUGAUACAGCAAUCCCAAGUGUGGAAACCGAAGAUGCCGAUUCUUUCGGUACCUUGGAACUCGACCUUGAGGACAUUGACCCGGAGAUUCUCAGCGAAGAUCACAUAUACUCCAGCUUCAUCAUCGAGUUUCCAACGGGCAUAUCUGGCUUCCUUAAUCCAGUUUCAGCACGAUAUGUAGCAUCUCUGCUCUCGGCACUCCAGCCAACUUCUCCGGAGGACGUUCUCGACGGACUGCAGAUGAGUUCGAUGACGGAAAUUGUCGAUCUCAAGAACUUAGCGAAGGUCCGUGGGGAGAUCACAGACAUCAUGAUUAAACUUCCAAGCGCAAAUAUUCGUUUUAUAAACUCUACAGAUGUAGGGUUUCAGAGAACGACAAGUCCAGCACACGAUCAAUAUGAUGCUCUGUGCCGCAAUGUUGCCCUUGUUACUAGGGGCACCACGAAGUGGGAUGACCCUUUCAAACCAGAAACUAAGGAGUCUCGCAGGUCCCUACACCUGAGACUGGGCUCUGCCGAAAUUACGGUCUCCGAAAGGUUCCCGGAGAUGAACGAGACGCAGCCGGCGGUGAUGGCCCAGAUCGAGCAGGCGGUUGUGUCAGUCGGGUCCCGGGAUGUGACCUACAUCGAUGCAACUAUCGGAGCUAUCAGAGCCACCACUGCCUCGGGGAAGAUUGACUACCUUGCUGGUCUCAUUCACCGGACGAACCUCAUGGUAUCUGAGAUGGAGCACUUGUUCUCUGAUGUACUUUCAAAGACCGAGGACCGCCUAAGAUACUUCAUACACCACCUGGCCGUUCUGAGCAAACAAACGGGCGAUGCGUCAUUCUUUACCCGACCAUCUGCUGUCCUGCGAUGUGUGGAAUCUCACCUGCGCACUUUUGAUUCCUGGAAAUUAAUACUACGUCUGAGACAGAUUUGGUCUGAGAUGAGCAUCGAGGAACAAGAGGCGCUUUAUUUGGCUUGCUGGGCCUCGCAUCCGACACCUCCAGAGAACGCCGCUGCGGAAACCAUGGAUGCCUUUCAAAAAUGGCGGAGUUGGGACCUGGGAGAUCUUGAAGAAUCAGUGCUACUCAAGAUGGUCUUUGACCUGCCAGACAGAAAACCUCAGAUGCAGGACUCUCUCCCCUUGCUAGGGGCUUGCCAAAUUGACGAGAUUGAGUUAGUCCUAGAUCCCGGUCCGAAAGAGAACAAAACGACCAUUCUUGAUCUCACUGCUAGACUUGAGCGGAGCAACAAGAGACACGACGUGUCGCAAGACCUCCAGGAUGUUGAAGGGCAGCUGACUGUUCUCAACAUAUAUUGUGAUGAGGCGGCAAUUAAUAUCAACUGGGAGCUCUGCGAACUGGCGAACAAUGUGUUGCGCCUUUACUCGGAGACUCUGGCGGCCGAAGAGUCGCCUUCUCGAUCACCACCACCCGGUAGUGAAGUAGGCUCACCUUCUCCAAGGAAGCCCGAAUCACUCCAUGUGGUUGUCUCUCUCGGAAACGGUGCACUAGCAGUUGAUACGAUCAAUCUAAGUGCAAAGACUCUCGCGCAUGGCCUCACGGUAUCGUUCCUCAGCCAUGAUGUAGAGGCGGGAGGCAGUAGCAGCAAUCUCCUCGUCAAUUGUGACGGCAUAACAUCGAGGCUUCACGGCCGUUCUGAAUUACUAGGCAUGGUGCAACUUCGGCAGCCCAGUCUAUUCGCCUCUCACCAGAUGCAAGAGGUCGACUCUGUAAACUCGCACACAGUCAAAUCUACGGCGAGUAGCAGGAGCCUAACUCUCAUCGUGAAGCAAGACCCCAUCGCGCUAUUAGAGGUUCUGGAUCUCUUGGUAAGGGAUGAGGCUAUGCAGCUCUACCGGCUCAAAGACCAACUUCCAUCGUCUUCCCCAAAGCCCAAAAGGCGUAGCAAGCAGAUCGCCGAGCGCCUAUCAGCAUAUAGGGUGAACGUAGCCUUGUUCCUCGAUGAGUACAAGAUCAGCGCACCACUACUCCAAUCACUCACAUACAACGUAUCUGGUGUUGUCUCCAGGGCCGCAAUCGCUGCCAAUUUUGGCAAGGAGCUCAUCUUCGACUUUGACAUCAGCGAAAACUCCCACGAGAUUCAAAUCGAGGUCAACAAUGAGCCAAGAAGCAUCUCUCUCCUCAGCAUUCCGCCCACGAACGGUCGGCUCACCAGCCAUAUUGGAGACUCGGAGCAUGCUCUAGCACUCUUCGCGUCCAUGGAGCUCAUGCAACUUGACGCCUCCGCUGUCUAUAGUCUUCUUAAGGCUCUUAACCGCCCAGAGAUAUCCAAUACGAUUCACGAUAUCCAAGAGCAAGUGCAAAGCAUCACCGCACAUAUGGAUGACUUGUUCGAACCCGACACCGUCGUUCAGGCCACGCCCGUCUCGCCGACCAAGUCGAGGACCGUCUACACUGUCCACCUCACACUUGCGGGACUAGAGAUUGCCGGAACAACCCCUCUUGAUUCGCGAACCCAGCCCGAAGCACAGCUUUUGGCCUGUCUCAACAGGAUGCACUUUGAGAUGUCUAACCAAGUUGAGGCUCGCGGUCCUAUUCUAGAGCACCCCGAACUGCACGUUCAUCUCGGCGAGAUCUUGUUCGACCUGCGCAAGGGGCGGGAGGGCGAGAUGAAAUCUUGCGGGAAUGUAUCGUUCAGUGCCCUGAUAUCGGCAACCACGCGGCCCGGGACCGAUGGUGAGGAUGAGAGAGCGUUCAGCUUCAGAAGUGAUGGUUUCGAAAUUAACCUAUCCCCGGAGACAAUAUCAACACUUGUAGAUGUGUUGGGAUACCUGGGAGAUAAGAUCAAGGAUCUAGAUACCUCGAGAGAACUAGAGUACUUGCGAAAACUCAGACAGUCAACGCCAAAAAUCGCAAUCAAUGACGAGGAGGAAGCUGAUGGGGCGGACUUCAUUGAUAGCUUCUUGUCUUCAAUCGUUUACCAAUUCGAAGUCCACAAUGCUCAGAUGACCUGGCUAAUUAUGGAUGGCUUUGAAACGCCGCGGCCUGGGGAGGAGGACCUUGUUCUAUCGGUCCAGUUGCUUGAGUUUGGUACGCGCAAGACAAAGUCCGCUCGGCUCGCGAUUCAGAACUUCCAACUUCAGAUGGUACCUGCAGGGUCUGACCCGUCUGUCCGAUCUCACCACUCAGCGCUAUUACCAGAGGUUGUUUUCAACGUUGCCUACUUCUCUACUCCCGAUGCCCGUCGUCUAGCUUUCCAAGCUGUUGGGAAGUCUCUAGACCUUCGCCUUACUUCCGGUUUCAUUAUUCCUGCGUCCUACCUGAAGAAUUCGAUCGGCUUAUCAGUCAAGAAUGUCCAACAGGCAUCCCAGAAUUGGAACACGGGAAUCUCGUCGACGAAGCCGGAUGAGCCAGCAGCAGCCCGAAAUAUCCUAGGUGCGAAACGUUUGGAGUCCAUCCUCGUUGAUGCCGAUUUUGCCGGUGCUGUAGUACACGUGUCGGCAAAGAAACCCGGCGAGUCCCAAAAGCCCCACAACAGGGGAGGCCGAGCCGGUGCGGGCGGAAAGUACGGUCAAUUCUCGGAUGACACGGGAGGUAGUAUGUCCCUCCGCUCUCCGGGCUUGGCCUGGAAGAUGGAAUUCAGAGAUAACGGAAAGGACGAUCCUUCAUUAUAUGGAGAAGUCAAGAUCGAGGAAUCCAGCAACGUUUUGCAUCCUUCAGUCGUUCCGUUAUUCAUGGACAUCACUUCGAGUAUCAAGGACGUUGUUAGCAGUGACGAAGAGAACCCCGCCACCAUUCCAGUGCCUACUUCAUCGCCAAAGCAGGGCGAAGAGGAAAGGCUUCUGACGGCCGAUACCGACGAGGUAUUGGGACGUCUGAGAUUAAACCUGGGCAUGCGAAUCUGCAAACAGGAGUUUACCUUGAGCUGUCAGCCAAUCGCUCGUGUUUCGGCUACCACACAUUUCGAAGACAUAUACCUCACAGUUAACACAGUCAGGUCUAGCGAAGCUGGCAACUUCCUUGCUAUCUCCUCAACCAUUAGCAAUCUACAAGCUUCUGUCCAACAUGUCUACUCGAGGGAAUCUACGGGAAGCUUUGAGGUCGAAUCUAUUGUCCUGUCGCUCAUGAACAGCAAGCACUUCAGCGGAAGGAGCGGUGUGUCCGCGAUACUGAAAGUCAGCCCGAUGAAGGUUGCAAUCAACGCCAAGCAGCUGCAGGACUUCCUCCUAUUUAGAGAGAUUUGGUACCCGGCGGAUAUACGUCGGACAUCCGUGGCGCCCGUCGCCAAGCUGCAGACAGAAACGUCACAAGGUCACCUAGUCCAAAGAUACCAACAAGUCGCCGCAACCGCCGCGUUCCCGUGGACAGCGACCAUUGCCAUCAGCUCACUGGAAAUCAGUCUUGACCUUGGCCAGGCAAUUGGCAGAUCAGUCUUUGCAAUCAAUGACUUUUGGGUGUCGUCGAAGAAGACGUCGGACUGGGAACAGAAUUUGUGCCUCGGCUUCGAUCGCGUCGGCGCGGACUGCACCGGCCGACUCAGCGGAUUCGUCGCUCUCCAAGAUUUCCGGCUCCGGACUUCUAUUCAGUGGCCAAUGCGAGAACAGGCAUUAAACGAAACACCAUUGGUUCAAGCGUCUAUUAGUUUUAGCCAAUUCCGACUGAAGGCGGCAUUCGACUACCAAGCCUUCCUGGUUGCCGAUAUUACGUCGUUGGAGUUUCUUAUGUACAACGUCCGGCGUUCGAUGGCAGGAGGCGGAGAUCGCCUAGUUGCUAUUUUCGAUGGGGAUGCAAUUCAAGUAUUCGGUACUACGACAUCGGCCGCUCAAGCAGUCGCUCUCUAUCAGGGAAUCCAGAAACUUAUCCAGGAGAGGAAGGGUAACUUUGAGACGUCUUUGAGGGAGAUUGAAAGGUUUAUGAGACGAACGCCAUCAUCCCUGGUAUCGACAUCUCAACAGUCAAGCCAGUUACCGAAACUUCCGGGAGACGAUACUCUAUCCAAGUCGCCCAUCUCGUUAGAUACUGACGUCGUGGUGACCUUGAAGGCACUAAAUCUCGGUGUCUUCCCAAGCACAUUUUCAGACCACCAGGUUUUCAAGAUGGAAGCGCUGGAUGCACAGGCUCGGUUUGCCGCCAAUGUCGUGCAACGCCGCGUUCACAGCAUCUUGGAUCUCACUUUAGGACAACUGAGAAUCGGCCUCGCUGGCGUCCGCAACAUAGACGCGCCCAAGACUCUCAACGAGAUCUCAGUAGAAGAUGUGGUGGAGCGCGCGACGGGCUCCCGCGGCGGCACGAUUCUCAAGGUGCCUCGAGUGCACGCAACAAUGGAGACGUGGCAAUCACCCAAGGGCAAACGGAUCGACUACAUAUUCAAGAGCGCCUUCGAAGGCAAGGUCGAGGUAGGGUGGAACUAUUCCCGCAUCAGCUACAUACGGGGCAUGUGGGCCAAUCACUCCAAGACGCUCGAGCAGACUUGGGGUAAGGAGCUAGCCGUCAUCUCUAUCAAAGUCACGGGCGUUCCGGACGGCCAAGGGGGCGAGGAGGGUGAGGGUGGCGAGGGCGCUUCGGGUCGGCAGAAGCAGAAGAAGAUCACGGCGGAGGUCAACGUGCCGCAGAGCAAAUACGAGUACGUCGCGCUGGAGGAGCCCGUCAUCGAGACGCCGCAGCUGAGGGACAUGGGCGAGGCUACGCCGCCUUUGGAAUGGAUCGGGCUGCAUAGGGAUAGGCUGCCGAAUUUGACGCAUCAGAUUGUCAUCGUGUCGCUUCUAGAAUUGGCUGGAGAGGUUGAGGAUGCUUACGCGAGGAUCUUGGGAUCCUCGUGA